AUGACGACGACCGUCGUUUGCAUCGAAACAGAUGUCGAUUCAACGACCAGACUUGAGAUCAACGAUUCAAAGAUUAACAGUCAAAUCACAAUUACGUCCGACGAUGUCGACACUCGUUGGCCCUUCCGGGCAGGCUAUCCACGCCUUCUUCGACCAUCUGUAAUAAACACACCCAUCAAAGAUGCCGACAAGCCUAUCUCCGAUGCCAACUUUGUAGACUUGAAGUCACAAAUAGAUACGAUUCUCGAAACGUACAAUAUUCGUCGGGGAAAACGUCCUCAUAAGCUGGUGUAUCGGCAGCAAAAAUUCGGCGAAUGGGGCCUACCUCGUGUCGUUGUCGAUUGCACCUAUGACAAGGAAACCAGUCACAGCGAGACGUGGGCAAAGGCCGUAAUUAAGAUUUAUACAGCAAUUCAAUCCGUUGCCGAAAGAAAUAUCGAGGUUGGCGUCGAACUCCUUGACUGGCAAUACAUGUCUAGAAUGCAUAUUUGUACAUGCCCGCCUGAUGAAAGUAAAGAGCUGCUUGCGAAUUGGGAGGUUGGGCACAAAUACGCAGAGAAAAUCCUCCAAUUGUUUGAGGGGUCUGAUCAAAUGUUUCAAGCCAUGACACCUGUUGGUCGUUGUUCAAAGGGCCAACGAGCGUACGAAUGGUCGAUUGUCAUUUUCUUCGACGCAAUCAACGCAGAAGAUGAUAAAUGGGAUUCCAUCGAGAACAGUAUGCGAUCCAUUCUCCCAAAUUUCGUCGGUAUUGAGAUCCAGCAGAGGGCAGGUUCCUUAUUCUGCAAUAAUGAUGACGGAAAUGCCCAACAAUCCGUCGAGUUUGACCAGCCGAGCUGGGUUUCCACCCUAAUCGGGAAAUACAAGCAAGAACCUCUCCCUGGCUGUGAGAUAGGUCCCCAGAAUAAACCUUGGCAGGGUACAAUGGGUGGCUACGUUAUAACGGAGGACGAGGAGACAGGGGCUAAAACGACAUAUGGGGUUACCAAUGCGCAUGUGGUAGUUGAUGGGAGUGAUGUUACUAUGUCUCAAGUACCCGCUGAAUCAGGCGUCAAAAUGCAAUACCCGAGCUUCGGGACCCAGGUGCGUGAUGUAACUAGGCUUUUUAACCGCAUCAGUGUUCUUGAUAAAGAGCUACAGGCACUUAGGUCUGUCAAAAAUAAGGAGGGGCAGGAGGACGCUUCUGUCCGGCAACACACUAGAAAGGCUAUAGGAAUCAAGAAUAAGGAACUCAAAUGGUACUACAACCACUUCAACUUCGUCAAAGAAAAAAGGGAUAUUGGUGUGGUACGGAAUGCAAGACUCGGCCAGGCAGAGUACUACAAUACUGUGCCAUUGGGUGGCUCAAUAUUGCAAACCAUAGAUCUUGCGUUGAUUACGAUGGACUGUCCGGAGCCAUGGGAAAGACCUCUUAUGGCAAACGCUAAUGAGCCCAUGAUUCCGAAGAAUGCAUCAUAUCACAGUUGGGAGGGAGAUUAUCUUGGAUGCUCCAACGAUUCCGAACAAGGCAUCAAAGUUGUCGCAAAGUUAGGAAAGGGGUUCUAUAGGAUGGGCAUCGUAAGUGAAUUCCUGGCACACCUGAAGCUUCCAGGUGGAAUCAAACAGUCGAGUCCUUCCUAUACGCGAUCGGUUCUCCGUCCUCCUCAAUUUCAGAUGGUACAGGACACCGGUGUUGAGGUUAAUAAUCUAGAUCAACAAGAAAAAGCAAUUAUUGACGCAUGGGAAAGGCAACCGGAGGAUCAUGACUCAGAUAUGGGGUCGUGGAACUCUGAAACAUCUCCCCCAAUAUUCUGUGAGCCUGGGGAUUCCGGUUCGUUUGUUAUGGCUGCUACGGACUUUAAAUAUGGGGGUUUCACUAACCGAGUUGCAAUGCCAUCUACCGACGAGCUCACGUACGCCAAUGUCGCAGCUCCCAUGCCAUUCAUUGUUGGUCUGCUCUGGGGCCAUUCCCAGAAUGCAAAUAUAUCCUGGAUGAUACCAUUUGAUACAGUGAAGCAAGAAAUCGAACAGCUGACCGGUGAAAUAAUGGUAUGGCCCCAAAAGCGUACAAAGUACUUGGAGGAAUUGGCGGAAUUUCCCCUUGGCGAGGAGAUGGAUGAGUCUGAUUUUACCGAUGGUUGA